GAAGGUGCUUAUGCUAUUGCAGUGAUAAGCAAGCAUUACCCUGGAGAUAUUGUGGCUACCAGGAGAGGCAGUCCCUUGCUGAUUGGUGUAAAGAGCAAGAAUAAGCUGAGUACAGAUCACAUCCCAGUGGUGAUCAGCAAAGGUCACAGUAAGACUGACAGUCUUGAAGACUACAGAGGUUACCUUGGCAGCAGCGGUGGCCGCAGAACGGAUGAAGAGACAGAGUACCACACCACAGGACCAGAGAAGGAGAUUGAGUACUUCUUUGCCUCUGAUGCCAGUGCUAUCAUUGAGCACACUGACCAAGUGAUCUACCUGGAGGAGAACGACGUGGCUGCUGUGCAUGACGGGGCCCUCAACAUCCACCAGGCUGCCACCUCCCUGGAUAAACUAGACAAACAGACACAGACCUUCAGAGAGAUCUCCACCUUGAAGGUGGCCAUCGAGCAAAUCAUGAAAGGCAACUUCAAGUCAUACAUGCAGAAGGAAAUUUUUGAGCAGCCCGAGUCUGUUGUGAACACCAUGCGAGGCCGCAUUAACUUUGAAACCAACAAAGUGGUGCUCGGGGGAAUCAAGGACUACAUGAAUGAGGUCCGACGCUGCAGACGCUUGCUCUUCAUCGCGUGCGGCACCAGCUACCACAGCGCUGUUGCUACACGCCAACUGCUGGAAGAGCUGACAGAGCUCCCUGUCAUGGUGGAGUUGGCCAGUGACUUCCUAGACCGCAGCACACCCAUAUUCAGGGAUGACGUCUGCUUCUUCAUCAGUCAGUCAGGUGAGACUGCUGACACCCUGAAUGCCCUGCGAUAUUGCAAACAGCGUGGAGCCCUGGUGGUGGGCAUCACAAAUGUAGUGGGCUCUAGCAUCUCAAGAGAGUCGAACUGUGGUGUUCACGUGAAUGCCGGACCAGAGAUUGGUGUUGCCAGUACAAAGGCGUACACCAGCCAGUUUAUCGCCCUCGUCCUUUUUGGUCUGAUGAUGAGUGAGGACAGAAUCUCCCUGCAGAAAAGACGACAGGAAAUCAUCCAGGGCCUCAAGGAGCUCCCAGAGAAAAUCAAGAAUGUACUGACCAUGGACGACAGAAUCCUACAGCUGGCCAAAGAGCUCCACUCAGAGAAGUCAUUGCUGGUCAUGGGCAGGGGAUUCAACUAUGCCACCUGUCUGGAAGGAGCUCUGAAAAUCAAAGAACUGACGUACAUGCACUCUGAGGGCAUCCUGGCUGGUGAGCUGAAGCACGGACCCCUGGCUCUGGUGGACGAGGCUAUGCCUGUGCUCAUGGUCUGUACACGGGACAAUGUGUUUACGAAAUGCGUGAAUGCUCUACAACAAGUGAAAGCACGCCACGGCGUCCCUGUGAUCAUCUGCAACCCUGAGGAUGUAGACGUUCUCAUGGAAGAGAACAAUAACUCGUCGCAGUCUGCCCAGAACCAAAAAGUAGGGCAGGAGGCUGAUAGCAAAAGACAGAGGACAAUCGAGGUCCCACAAAUGAUAGACUGCUUGCAGGGGAUCCUCAGUAUCAUCCCCAUGCAGCUUCUGUCUAUGCAUAUCGCAGAGUUGAGAGGACACGAUGUUGACUGUCCCAGGAACUUGGCCAAGUCUGUCACUGUGGAGUAACUCAGCACAACUCAGCUGUUGAAGAGCAGUUUGUCAGGCUGUUGUGGACCAGUUUAUCACGGCACGGUAUUGUGUUCACCUGGGAGCCUCUGGCUCUUUUCUUGAGGACUGCUGAAUACUGGCACUUAUCUGCUGAACUGCUUUGGAAUCUUAACAUACUGGAGGACACUUGCAAGUCACCUCUGGAGCUUUUACUAAUGAUCGGCUGAACUUUAGAAAGAAAUAUAUGUAGAUCUACAGAUGAAAAUCAUCAUACAGGUUCUUAUUUGUUAUGUUGUUGUUUUUAUUAUUGGGAUUUAAAAAAACAAAAAAACUUCGCUUUCAACAUUCCCUUGAAAUUCAAUUUUGGGGAGAAAGAGGAGAAUAUGAUUUUUUAUAACAUAAAAAAUUUUCUGCGCCAUCAAUAUAAAUGUAUUCUGUAAGACAUUAUUUGAGAUUCUGUUGAGAAAAAUUAUAAAGCCAAUUGUUUGUAUAUACUAUAUAUAUAAAUAUAUAUAUAACAUAUUGUAAUCUAUUAUAUUGAUCAAUGGAUUUCAUUUGUUGCCUCAUUCAUAGGUCGUAUGUGCAACUGAUCUCAUCAGUUUGUCAUCAAAACCUCAUGUUAUCUAUGUAGAUGUGGAGGUAAGCUAAAUUGUUUCUAUGAAGCUUUGACAUCUGUGUGUUGAGGGAAGGCUGGUAGAUUGUGAAGACAGAAGAUUACUGUUGGAAGAGCCCCCGCUCUGUCCACCCCCACCCCACUUCCAUCCCUGACCCCACCCCUGUCUGUUCUUGCUAGUGUUAUAGCCAAUAUCUCUUUACUGCAAGGGGGGGGGGCACGUUGGUUGUUACCAUUGCUUGAGAGUGCUCCUCUACUUUUGUUUUUUUUCUUUUCCGAUCUUCCAGUUCUGUUCUUAAACUUAAAUAUUAUUUGGGAAUGUUAACCCGACCCUUUUGGUUUUGUUAUUGUUGGUUUAUCCACCCACAGUCUUAUUUUGCCUAUCUGAAAUUUGAAACUAGUCCUCAUCUUGGGGUUCCUUCAUCCUGGUUUUUUUGUACUCUAAACUUGUGAUAACCUUGUAACAAAAGAAUUAUAUAUUGACAAUGAGAUAAUUGUGAUGCAGGAAUUCUUCAACGUUGAAUGCUCUUCCCCUGUUGUGUGUGAGGAGUUCACUAUUUACUCUAUGCAAAUCUUCAUGUAGUCGCACAUGACCUCUUCAGUCCAUGGCGCCUGGGAUGUAAAAUCAGCAAUGUUUUCUUUUCAUCCUAUGACUUUCAUACGCUUGGGUCAGGAUUCUCAUGUAGUUUAGUCUCACAUCCAUGACGUUCAAAAAGGAUUUCAUAUUGCAUGUCAAGGAAAAUACUGUGCUGUAAUUCGCAUUUUUUAGUCCGUUUGGCUGUCAAUGUAAAAAAGUGUGAUAGCAGUUUUGUAAAGCUUUGAAUUUUGUACAAGCAGUGAAUCUGUUACGUAAUCCAUCUGUUUUUCCACUUCGUUUUAAUGAAGAGGAAGUUCAUAAUUUAUAAUUUUGAUAACAGUUUUUGAAAAAUUGAGAGAAAGAUUGCACAUUCCUUGAACUUUGUUGCUGGGUAUUACCUCAAAAAAAAAAAUGAACUCAAGGGUCACCAAGAGCAGAGGUUGUGUCCUUUAUGUUUUCUUAGUUUGGAUGUACAGUCUUAAUGGCUCUGUAUAGACCAGUCCCAAGUGGUACUGGUUUGCUGCAGAAAUUUGUGAAUACUUUUAAAGUGAUCAGUGAGGUUGCUGCAUUUUUGCACUCUGCUCAUUCUUGUCACAAAAAAGGCAUAAAAUUGUUCACUAAUCUUAGAUGAUAUAUUAAUACACAUUUUAUUUAAUUUUUAUGAUUCUUUUACCAUGAUGAUAUGUAUAUUUUAUUUUUAUUUGUUUAAAGGCUGGGCUUUAAUUUCAGCUUUCCUGCCAUAGUUGUUUAGUUUGCUCAAAGGAUAUUUAAAGUUUUUUUCUGAAAGUGAAAUUGCCAAAGGAGUUGUUUGUCUUUUCCUUUUUAUUAGAUGAGAAUUUAAGCUGUUUUGGAAUUUGUGUAGUUCUUUAAGCAGUGAGAGCAAAUAGAAAGGUUUUGUUUUGUCAACUGUUUUGCCUUUGUCCUAUGAUGAAAUGGCAUUGUUAUGAAGUUCUGCUGGUACAAACAAAUUGUUUGAUGGCUCAAAGGUAAGUGAGCUGGAAAUAAUAAUCUAGCAUAAGGACUGUUAAAUUGUUCUUUUUCAAAAGGUAAUUUCAAAAGUGUAAUAAUUUAGAUUUUCCAAUAAAAACGAAGUUACAAGAUUAUGCAAUCAGUUCUAAAUAAUUACGUACAUUAAUAUGUGAUGUUUUGGCGACAUAGUAGGUUCAAUGCUACUCAUUAUCUGACUGCACUGAAGAUAUCUUGAGUGAAAAAAGGUAAUCUCUUAGCAUGAGUGAAAACACUUCACUUUUCUAUGACAGAAUAUUUGAAAAUGAGUGUACCGGUAUAAGAAAUCCUUCCGCUUAAGUUUAUUGAAGCAGAUUAUUGUUUGCAUUCUAAAUGAACCAUGUGACUGAUAGGAACAGUGUUGCUGUUUAACUUCAUGUUGAAAAAACAAACAAAAAACAGUUGUCUAAAAUGUAAACAAUGAACAACUAUGUGAGGGGAAGAAGGGCUCUGCUUUCACGGCUCGUGGAGAGCACUUGGAACACAAACAACCUGGCCUAGAAUAAUUGAAGGCUAAUGAUUUUUUUAAAAAUCUUCCUUACUGUCAACAGACUUAGGCGUAGAAAAAGCUUUUUGAUGGUAUGGUAAUAUGUUCCCCUUUAUUUUUAUUUUAUAUUCUCUUUCAGCCUUUAUUAUAGUUUGUAAAAAAAAAAAUUGAUUUCUUUCAACCUGUCUGUACUCACAGCUGUGAGUAUUGUCACAUCUGACAGUCCUGUGAAAUUACCAAGUUCUUCGUGAGUUAAAAAUUAACCUCUGGUGGACAGGGAGUUGAGUAAAACUGGAACGGGGAGAUAGAUAAUUGUAACCAGUAUUAUUAAGUGAACAUCAUUGUUAAGUUUAUCAGUUUCAUCUUCUUGAUCUGACGUUUUUUGCCACAAAUCCAUUUCAUUAUGAUUCUGCUACAUUGUCAUGGUGAAUUGUAUACCUGGUUACAUUUUCCUUACCUUUUGUUGUGUUUAUUAUUUAUACUUUUCGUUGUGAUAUGAAUUGAACACUUACUGCUAAUUGUUAUGUUGAUGAGGUCAAUCAAGGCAUUUGAAAUCCAAGUUCUUUUACAGUAAAUUAUAAAUAAGUAGGCCUAUCAUGGAAUUGUGAAUCAUGCAGUUGUUUAAUCAGUAGGACAAAUCUGUUUGGAGAAUGAAAGAUUACAAUGCUCUACUUUGGUCAGAGGUUGGAGUCAAUAUGCUUCAAAUCAGUCAUAACAUGGAUUUAGGAACCAAGGCAAGGGAAUGUACAAGGGAAAGAAGAGGGACAUCUAAUUUACCGAAAGAUUUGAAGUCUGUGGGAUAAAACUCAAAGCUGACAAUCAAACACAAAGUGGCACUGUCGGAGUGUACAAGUACAACUCCAUGUGUUGCACCAUCGAGCUCCUAAACACUCCUGGAACAAUUGUACCAACCAGAUGAUGUAGUUUCUCCUACUUAUCUUAUUUUCAGGAGAGCUUUUGUUCCAGUGUGCUUCUGUGCACUAAAAAUGUGGCCUUAUAGUGGUAUUAUCAACAGUGGUGUAAAUUGCUAGCUUAUUAUAAUAAAUUAAGAAAGAUGCGACUUGAAUAUUAUAAAAUUAUUAAUUCCUGGAAGUUGGUGCACACUGGACUUUGCUCAAAGUAGUCUCUGAUAUCAUUUCCAGGUAUGAUGUGGAUGGUUGGAGGAUGUUAUUUGAAUGUGCUUUUUCUCUCCUUUCCCUCUGUAGUUUCAACCUGUCUUUAUUGCCUGCUCUAAAUGACCUAUACUCUGUUGAUGCGAUUCUUUUUACUGAAACCAAACAGAGUAUGACGAUACUUUUGUGUGUUCCAUGGAAAAAAAAUAGGUCAAAAGUUUGAAAAUUAAUUUCACAAUUAAACGUUUUUGUUGGUCAACUUAACAUUACAUUGUAUCAGUAAAAGUUCCCCAAGGAACUACUUUUUUGAUCAAGAACUUUUGACAAAUCUUUGAAAAAUGCAUUUGUUGUUGGGUUUUUUCUACUUACGGUUGCAUACCAAAAAGGAAAUACUGAAUAUUAGUACAUGUAUUACCAAAGUUACUGAUGACAACCUCUAUUGCUUAAUUAAUACUGAUAGUCUUCAUUCAGCACUUGAGAUAUAAUUUGAAAUCUGUGGUCCGUUCUCUUUUGCCUGGCCUUUUUCCAUUUUCUCAUACCAAAGCAGUGUUCACACAGGAUGUGAAAUUGUAAUGUAGUUGAGCCAAAGGUAUAACUCAUUUUGUUUGCUCCACCGAUCUAGCGCUAGUAAUGAUUAUAUUGUGAAACUGUUGUGAUAAUUUACAUAUCAGUGUAAAUCUGAGACUUGUGGAAUUACUCAACGCUGUCUAAUUUUGUCAGAUAUGAAUUUCAUUUUUGUUUUUAAAACAUGCAACGAAUUUAAUCAGUUUCAAAUUGGUCAUUCAUCAUACCAAUUUUAUGUGUUCAUGCCAUCAGUGUGAUUUCUUCUUUAAACCAUGUUUGUUGAUAAAAGAAUGAAAAAUGACAGAUGUGAGAAUGAAAUGAUUCCUUUUGUGAGUUUGUCAGAGCAAAAGCCUGAGUCUUCUGUCUUUGUAUGGAAGAACUUUAUUAUUUACAAUUAUUACUAAACCACUGCAUGAGACUUCAUUAAAUUUUUAACAUUUUAAAUUUGAUUUGGGCUGUAAUUUUUUUUAUUUUGUUUGGUCUUAUUUUCUUUUUUCUCCUAACUUUUUGGUUCUUUUUUAUUUUGUUACAUUAUUAUAAUCAUCUUAGAUGCUAGCAGUGUACACUAUGACAAGCUCUUUGUUGUUUUGGAAAGAUACACAAAAGAUUUCAAUGUAUUCUGAUUAAUAAUGCAUUUUAUGCUGUUGUGACAGGUUUCCAAAACCAUAUCAAUCACAGUCUGUUUACCUCUGCACUUGUCUGUAAAUGAGAUUGAUGAUAUUUAGAUAACUGCUAUAGUGGGUGUCAAAGAAAUGGUUUUGUUCCGGUGAAAAAGAAAUAUAUAUAGGUAGUUCUACAAAGCUUUAUUUGUUGAUAGACCCUCAAUUUUGCCUUCACCAUAACUUAAUUGUGUCCGCAUAAGGCAUCCAUGUUCCGACGGAAGAUUAAAGAAAUCUAUACGUACUACUAUUAUGUUUGUGACACAUGUGAAAAAUAGUUUUGACAAUUUGGUUCUACCUCAUCCACUGAAAGCUUCUCUCAAGACAAGAUCCUGUUCCAGUAAUUAAUUUCUUUCGGGGCCGUGUUGUUUUAAAUGAUUGUGAAUUUUCUCAAUGAUGUAUGCUACACUGCAUCAGAUCCGUAUGCUAUUUAUAAUUUAAUCGUUGUAGUUGCAGCCAGUGAUAAAGUGAUAAAACUUAGUUUCAGAAAAACUUGACAGUGAUUCGAGUUCUGUUCAUAACUUAAAAAUUGUAGAAAAUUGCAGUGCUAUUUAUUUUUCUUAUGACGUGCUCCAUUGACCAAAGGGAAUUUUGUUGGUGGUAAAGAGGUCAAGAUUAAAUUGAUGUCUCAACCCACUCACAUCUUAGCCAAAAAAAUUCUGAAGAAGAGUAGUGUUUCCUUUGCACUCUCCAUAUUGCAGAUGCAUAUUACCUAUCCCAAUUUUACCAAACCGUGUCUUAAUUCUUCUGAGGCAUUUUGAGUUGGAACUUUUGAGGGAUCUGUUGUAAAAUCUUACGUGAUUCAUAAUUUUUUUAUCAUGCACCGCACAAUGACUGAUGUCAUCAUACUUGUAGUUAUAUUGACUUUUUACAUUAACUAUGGUAAAUGAUGGUGGAAAUAUUGGUACUCAUCAUAUUAUGGUAUUCAUCCUUUUAAAUGCUUUAAUAUUUUGGAAGGUUCGUGAAGUUUCAAAGUAAAAGGGAAAUAAUGGUAAUAUAAAAUUUUAAAACUUAUUUAGCAUGCUGACAGUUCUAUCAUCAGUUUUGUGAGAUGUUCAUAACUUGUGGUAGUAAAAGGAAAGGGAACACCCAUGUACUUUUCAAACUUAACUUACUUAUCUGUUAUUUCUCCCAGCUUUGCUCUGAUUUUAGCAAAUUUUUGUGAAUGAAAAUAAAGAGUUAAAUGCGUGGUGUGAAAAAUUGGUAUAACUUAAUGUAAGUAUAAGCAGAUUGCAGAUUGUUUUGAUGGGAACCUGACAAAAUGAUUGUGUGUACAUGUUUAGUAAAGAAAGCCUAUCAUGACUAGAUUUAUUUGUACCGGUACUCAUUGUCAUGCAUUAUUUACAGGCUAAUUUUAAAACAAAGAAUUUGUGGGAUCAAACUGUUCUGUAAAUUUACAUGUGUACACAUUGUUUCCCUUUCAUUGCUUGCUUUCCUAUAUUUCUCAUCUUUGGUUUUCAUUUUUGCCCUGGGAUCAACCUUGUGUGUAGACACACAAUCUUAUGUUUUAAUUGGGACAGGAAUAAAGCUUGACUUGAAAAACA